CGGAGACGCGGUUAGGGAUCGACUGGCACGUGCUCGACACGAAGUUUUUUUCCAUAAUUUUUCGGCGGCGGAAGUGGCAGCGUUUCACGCGGCUUUUGUGAGUGCGAUGUUGGUGCAGAUCUAAGACAAUCGACAUGAUGCUGGAAAAGUCCUUCUACUUUUGCUUCCUGAUCUGCUUCACAGAAAUAGUAGACUGGACCGCAUCAGUGCAAAUCAACAAGCUGAAAGUCCCAGCGAUCAUCAAUCACGGCACGUCCGUUAUUUUAGAUUGUGAUUUCACAUUGGACGAAGGGGAGAAAGAUCUGGUAGUCAAAUGGUACUUCAACAAGACGCUUGUUUAUCAAUGGAUUCCGGAUUCAAAGAAACGACCGCAAGGACUGGGCGUGCUGAAGGACCGUCUUAAUUUGGGAUACGAGGCGGGCAUGGACGCGAACAGCAUCCACAGGGCCCUGCACAUCAUAAAAACUGGUCCGGACUUAUCCGGGGACUACACCUGCAGCAUCUCGACGCUGCAAAGCGAGGACGUCAAGACUAAAAGCAUGCUGGUACUUGUUUCGGAGCGCUACUUGAAUCUGCGCCGUUUGCGGGCUGAGGAGGGCUUCAUGCGGGUCCAGUGCACCGCCGAGGGUGUAUUCCCCAUGCCCGUUAUGAGUCUGCACUCUCAAGAAAGGGAAAUAACGGAGGCGGAGGUGUCGCUGAAGCAGAAUGGCCGCCUGUACGAGAUUUCGGCGACGGCCACACUUCCGGAGCCGAAGGACCCCGAGGAGUUCACGUGCAAGCUUCACAUUCCCCAGGCGAACUACACGACGCGUCGCGAGACUGUCUUCUAUCCCGGUGAAAUCGAUGUGGGAAGUGUGACUGCAAGUAGUAGAUGGUUGAUAAUAACAUUAUUAUCCUUGACGUUCUACGUGGGCCUAAAUUUGUGUUUUAUAGGUGGAUGCUAAUAGGUGAACAAUUCAAGAAUGGAUGAAACUAUUUAAACUAAUUAAAUGUGAAACUGGGACUCGGUGGAUAAAUGUCAAGUUAUUCGUAUUGUUUCAGGGUCCAGAUUCGUUCCGACGCAAAUUAAUUCAAUUUCAGUUCCGAACACUAAAUAUACGUAACGAAAAAAUCAUUAAAAUGCACACACAGGACUGAUGAAAAAAAACGUAAAUACUAAUUUUUAUUGUACAUAUCAAAUUAUAGGUUUUUAUAUGAGAGGAGCAAAAAACAGAUGCAGUAUGUGUUUUCAAGUCCGCGGGUUUUAUUAUUUUUUUCGCCCGUUUUACAUGUCAGCAUCUGGUACUUUUUAAUAACGCUGUGUCAGCUUAAUCGAAUUUCGUUUUUGUUAUUUUCGUUUAUAGAAAUAAAACACCGACUUGACACACACAUAUUGUUUGUGGACCGUCAUAAAUGCACGCAAGAUGUUUCAACUAUUAUCGUUAUUAUCGGGCACUUUAUUAUAAUUAAAGUACCAAAUGGAAAAGAAGGAAAAUAUUUACAUUGACUGUGCACACAAAUUUAAGGCUAAUAACAGUAACACGUUAUUUUUUCCACAAACUUUUAACAACUCUAUAUUCCAGUUACACGCAAUCGUGUAACAAUAUAAUGCAUGUAAUUAUUGUGAUUAUAUAAUUAAGUUUGUGCGUUUGUGACGGGAACGCGGAUUUAGGGCCGUUCAGUUUUUCCGUAUAGUUAAAAUGUAUUUUUCUAUUUUUCUGUAUAUAGUUAAGCAUCUCUUAUGUUGUUAGCUGAAUUAGUUGUUAGGUUGGAGAUGUUGUUCAGUUGAACGAUUUUAUAAAAUAUGGAAUAUAUGGGAACUUAUAAAAAAAGAUUUAAUGUUUACAUAUAAUAAACUAUUUGUGAUAAAAUUUUAUUCUAUUCUUGUUGUAUGACAUUUCAAAAUUUCCUAAUAAUUUGUUAUAUGUUGGCCGUUGUAAAUAAUAUUGGGUAGCUUAAAUAAAAUAUCCAUUUGUA